UCCAUCAGUGACGAAUUUUCUACACUUGUCCUUGUGCUUUUGCAGCUCUUGUUCUUGUCCACAAUUUUUUCAGCAUCAGCUAAUAGAUUCCUCUCGAUAAUGCUCGCACAAGGAACCAAGCUCUGCAUUUCAAAAGAAUUUAUAAUUAACGAAGGAAAAAACUUCCUCGCUCUAAUUGAAGAGAUUUAACAGAAGACGAUUUUUUUUUUUUUUUUUUAAUUCAAGUAAAGCAUCAUUCACCUUGAGCAUUUCGCAUGCUUAACCAGACGAGGCUGCCACCACGGACUUCCCGAAGCCAUUGAAGAAGUCGAAUUCAUCGUCGGAGCUGUCGGAACAGUUGCCGUUGAAGCAAUUGCAGCGAUUUCGUCCGCAUUUUGCAGCUGACGUUAGCUGCAUGUCAUUACUAUUCUCGAUGAAAUUUUGUCCCAUUAUUGCCAAGCACACAGAACUUGGCUCCCAAUAGUUACUGCCAUCUUUGAUUUACUAAGGCUCACCGACGAUGGGCUGAAACCGAGUUGCAGAAACAUGAGGGGACCACCAAUAGUUGGAGCUGCCCCUCGACCAUCAAAGCCAGAUGGAAACUCUGACAGAAAUGGGAAACCGGCAGUAGAGGUAUAAGUCACUAAUGGAGACAUGAGAGCAAUGGACGACUUGGAUCAUUUAUAAAAUGAUCAACUGAUCCAAUUAAAUGUGGUGUUUAUAAGUUGCGAGAGCUUAAGCACUGCUACCACUCACCCUUUCUUUUAAUCACCGAAGAAAGAUUUCCAUUUCAGUCCCAUACUCUAUACCCAAAAAAAAGAAAAAAAAGGCUUCCAUUUCCUUUCCUUACAUGGGAUGGAAUGGCUGACAUUUUCUUUACAAGAACAGAGACCUUUCGCUGAGUUUCAACCCACCUGGCAAAAAUGAUGCUCUGCUGUUCUGGUUUUCUUUAUUGCUUUGUUUGCAGAUUUUCAUUUCAAUCCAUACACCCAAAAAGAAAAGAAAGAAAGAAAGAAAGAAAGAAAGAAAGAAAGAAAAAAAGACUUCCAUUUCCUUUCCUUACAUGGGAUGGGAUGGCUAAGAUUUUUUUUACGAGAACAGAGACCUUUGGCUUUCAAGUUUCAACCCACCUGGGAGGCUGGGAAAGAUGAUCCCUCUGCUGGGUUCCUGAUCCUCUGUAUUGCUUUGUUUGCAGCUUUAUCUUUCCUCUCUGAAUUUUCUUAAAUUUCAGGCUGAACCCAUCUCAGAACGGAUACCUGUGUUAGUUCCUUUUUCGAUUUUGAAAACUUAGUGAGCUCUGUUCACUGCAUAAAUCCAGUUUACAAUUACUGAGCUCUGGUAGUUGGCUCAUUGUCUUUAAUUCUUCACUUUGUAUAUAUUAUUUCCAUGAGUGGGAACGUUACAUCUGGUUCUGGAGAAGCUGGAUCAUCUGAUUCUUCAGCAUUUAGAAGACAAUCAAAUCCACCCAAGUGUGAGUAUCUCCAGAAAAAUACCAUCUUUAUGGCUUCGAAAAUCAGACCCAGGAACCCACAGUUCUUCAAACCCAUCCUACCUGGUUUUCUUCAACAACUUGCGAUUCCUAUUGAGUUUCGGAAACACUUAAGAGAAGAGAAGUGUGAGGACGGAGAAGCUGUGUUGAGAAAUUGUGGCAAAUCGUGGCCUGUGAAGGUCAGUGGAUUCUGUUUUAAAGAGGGUUGGGCAGAUUUUGCUCGAGAUCGUCAUCUUCUUGCUGGGGAUUUCUUGAUCUUCAGAUACGAAGGUCAAAUGGUAUUCGAUGUUAUGGUGUUCACUCGCAGUGCCUGUGAGAAAAUAUUCCCACCGUUUCUUGCUGAAAAUGAAAACAAGGGUGAAGGUUCAGUACAAAGGACUCGUCCAAGAGCACAUAAGGCAGACUCGUCCAAGGGCACAAAUCCAUUUUUUGUGGUUCCUGUGGGGAAAUUUAAUCUCAUGAAGAACGUUUUAGUUACCGAUCAGCUUCUUUGUGAUUCCAGCAAUGAUGGGAAAAUGGUACUUCAUGUCACAGUGGACCACAAAGCUUCUGGGGGAAAACCUUCCUUCAUGACUUCCUUGAAUAGUACUAUCCUUGAACGUUCUGUUCUGUAUGUUCCCCGGAAAUUUGCAAGAAAAAAUGAUUUAGAAGGAAAAAUGAACCAUAAAACAACACUGAAAGAUCAAAAGGGCAGAACAUGGGAGCUGGAAUUGAAGCCCAAGGAUACCAAAGGUCAGGUCUACAUAAGAGGUGAUUGGCAUGAGAUUACAGUAGUGAAUGGCUUGGAGGAAGGAGAUGCUAUCUACUUGCAGCUCACUACAAAUGAUGCCAUGGACACAAUGGAAUUUCUCUUGCUAUAAAUCGUGGCUUGUAACAUAUGCUAUGGUUCCUUAUUUAAAUAUCGCAACACCUUAUUGGUUCAAAUAUUAUGAACAAAAUUUUCGGGAGGUA